CCGGUACCGAGUCCCGGUUCCCGCUAAAGUACGCGCCAAAUUUUAACUUUUUUUCCCCAAGACGUCGCAUCUUCUGGCAACCAGCAACCGUGAAAUUUUGGAAACCAAUAAUCGCGAAUUUCGUGUUGUGUUCUCUGUUUUUUUAUGUGGUUUUUAAUGACAAAAUUGUGUUUUUGGUUCGGUUAAACUGAAACAUUCUAGUGCAAGAGGAAGAAAAACGUAAGUUAGAUUUUUCGUUCGUGAGUCCUUCAAAAUGGCACAAACGUAUAAUCAAAAGAGAAACGUCUACAGCAUUGACCAAAUUUUGGGGCAUGGAAAAAGUGAAGAACAUGCCACAUCAUCUGAUGCUGUUAGAGACGUUGGAGAAACGGAACUCGGUCACUUAAGUGAUCAUCAGAUAACAGAUUCUCUGAACGACCCUCUGGACAUGGAAUCCGAUAGACCUAGAAAAGUUCGUCGGUCACGUACUACUUUUACUACUUACCAGCUUCAUCAGCUCGAACGAGCAUUUGAGAAGACUCAGUAUCCUGACGUCUUCACAAGGGAGGAAUUGGCCAUGAGUUUAGACCUUUCCGAAGCCAGAGUCCAGGUGUGGUUUCAAAAUCGAAGGGCGAAAUGGCGCAAGAGAGAAAAAGCACUUGGUAGAGAUAACAACUUCAUGCACGUGGAACAAGGUGGUGGAUGGUGUUCAGGAGAUUCAGUGCAAGCAGGAGCCCCACCAGCACCCCCAGCAGGAGCGUUUCCAUGGUUCAUGCAAACAAUGUUCCCACCUCCCUGGCCAAGCAGCACCCCAAAAUACCCAAUUCACGCUUUACUGUCUCAGUACAUUGGCCUACCCUUACAGCAAAAUCUUGCCUCCUUGAGUUCGGUGCUCCCAGUUAUGGGUCUGAAUCCUGCGGGAUCCCUAAAUCACAAUAAUAUCGACUCUCGUCCCCUGAGUGCACAGUUGCACUCACUUCCACUGAAUCUGGGCGUACAAAGUAUUCCUCAAAAUCUCAGUUCGAAACACGACAGGGAAGAGGAUUCUGGAUCGUCGGAUGACGAAAUGCGGAGGCAGAGUGCAGAGGUCCUGAGAGUCAAAGCUGAGGAAGUAUUACAUAGCACACAUUUCUGGAGGGACCCGCGCGAGACAUGCAAAUUCGGACUUCCUUCGCAUUUCCCAAUUCGGAGUGAUUUUACAAAAUAUUUAAUUUAAUGCAAAAUUAAAUUAAAUAGACACGUGAUUUCCAAGUACAACUUUGAGGUAAUUUUGAACAUUGUUCAUUGCAAUAAAACUUUGCUGGAUAAUAAUACGGAUUAAUUAUAUUAAGUCUUCUUUAGUUUGUAAUCUUAAAUUUAAAUUCUUACCGCAAACAGUUUUAAGGAUCUGGAUACCAUUGUUUAAUUUAAAAAUACGUAGAAAUUUAAAUAAAUUUAAAAAUUGAAGCUCCUCCUUCAG